AUGCCACGUGCCAGGCAUAUGAUUCCGGAAUCUGCAAUUCUUAUUGUCCUGGGACUUGGUGCUGGUUUCACUAUUUUUGAGAUGUGGACUGUCGAUCUUUUUUUGCAUCCAGGUGCGUUUUCGAGAAAUACUCAAAACAUUACAUGUACAAUUCAGAUCUGUUCUUCUUGUACCUUCUGCCUCCAAUCGUACUCGAGGCCGGUUAUUUCAUGCCCAACAAGGCGUUUAUCAGUAACAUCGGCACGAUCUCCCUGUUCGCCGUCGCCGGAACAGUUUUCAAUAUCUUCUUGACAAGUCUGUCGCGUCCUUAUCACGUGUACAAUCGUUUCCCCUUACAGGUUGCUUUAUUUUUGCCGCUCAAAACUUUUACGACUUCAACAUCACUAUUGUUGAUACCUUACUUUUUUCAACUGUCAUAUCAGCUGUUGACCCAGUUGCGGUGCUGUCAGGUAACUCGAUUUUCAUUCACAAGUUUGUCACAUACAUAUUUUACAGUUUUCGAAGAGAUUCAUGUCAACAAACUACUGUACAUCACGGUUUUCGGCGAGUCCCUUCUCAAUGACGCGGUUACUGUGGUAAGUUUGCCGGUGAUAAUCGGAAAUCUCCAAAUAAUUUCAGCCAACUUGCAGGUCCUCUACCACUCGUUCCAUUCGAUGGUCCGCAUCGGUCAGGCGCAUUUGAUCUACCAAGAUUACACAAUGUCAAUGAUGAAUUUCUUUUUGGUAUCGGGCGGCGGUGUACUUGUCGGUGUCGUUUUUGCGAUUGUGGCGGCGUUGGGGGUUAAGUGAGUCAUCACGAUUAAUUACUUCCUUUUUAGCCACAAAAUUAGAACAAAGCAGACACCUUUUGAAAGUAAAAAUGAUGAAAUUAUAAAGGGAACCAAGUACAAAUUGUGAAAAUCAAAUAAUUUUGCUCAGGUUUCAUAAUUUCCGAUAAAAAUGUCGAAAUGAAACAUCGGAAAUGGUUUCCGCUGCUAUCGAACAUUUUUUUCUGAUUAUUUCAAAAUUGCGAGGUUGGUUUUGGGUCCCAAAUAACCUUCUCAGCCUGCCGAUCAUAAAAACCCCAUGAAUUCGAAAUUUUUUCAGAUGGAGCGCAAAUGUGUCAGUUAUGCAGCCAAUCAUUUGCAUAACUAUCCCUUAUUUGGCCUAUCUCCUCUCCGAAAUUGUGCACGUUUCCGGAAUUUUGGGGUAGUGCAAGAAGCAGCAGCGGAAAGCGAAAUCCCAUUCCAAUUUUCAUUUUAGAAUUGUGGUUUGCGGCAUCUGCAUGAAAUCCUACGUGACCGGAAGUAUGGAAGAAAGAGCGGAUAUCACAGUGAAAUACACGCUCAAAACACUUUCAUCGUGGUGAAAAACUGAGAAAAAACUUAAAGGAAUCAAACCGUUUUCAGUUGUGAAGCUGUCAUUUUUGUGUUCUUGGGAUUCUCAAUAUUCUCCAAAGAUCAUAAGUGGGAUGUCGGAUUUGCGAUUGUGACUGUUUUUACCUGUUUUGUGGCACGAUUUUUAGGUGAGGUGAUCUUGGUUAGUACUUGAUUUGAAAACGUCUUUGCGUUCGUUUCCAGUCGUAUUUUGUCUUACUUGGAUAGUGAACAAAUGGAGAAUGCACAAAAUUUCCCUUCGAGAUCAGACAAUUAUGGCAUUUGGAGGUCUUCGUGGAGCCAUUUGCUUUGGAUUGGUUCUGACAAUCGGUAUUUUAAAGAUACUGAACAGUUCUAACAUUCAAAUAAAUUCCAGACGGAGAAGUAGUUCCUGCAAAACCUAUAAUGAUCUCAACAACUUUGGUAGUUAUUAUCUUCACAGUUUUCAUUCAAGUAAAAAACUCAAACUGAUUGCUAAUCGACCGUAUUUUGUGUUCAGGGAACCUUGAUAAAACCUCUUGUUGCAAUGUUAAACGUGAGAACUGCCGAAGAAUAUGACAAGUCCCUUUUUGAAAGUUGUGUGGAACAAGUAAGUUCAUAGUAGACCAUUUAAAAUUCCCGCAACCGACUCAAACUAUGUCUGCAUCUUUUUUUUCAGGUUGUCGAGGAGGCGAUGUGUGGUGUCGAAGCGGUAAUUGGAGCUCAUGGCCAGAAUUAUGUAAGUUUCUGACCUCUUAUAACUGUAUGUAUGUGCUCCAUUCUGUUUGCAGUGGAAGAACAAAGUGGACAAGUGGAACACGCAGUUUUUGGAGCCCGCACUCACGCGUCAGGAUAUGAACCGCGGACGGCGACUCGUCAAAAAGCUGACGGAUAUGACGACCGACGAGCAACGGGAAGCACUUUUACAGGAAAUCACCGUAGUCGAGCUAUGA